AUGGCCUACAACGCGGUGCCUGCGCCCCAGGCCGACCAUGUGGCCCGCGGCUAUGGCCCCUCGGCAGCAGCCGACUUUGCGAACACGCCAGCCCACCCCGCAGACGCGCCCCCACUGGUUCACCAGCAUGUGGGUCGCUUCAACGAGGAUUUCGAUGCUAGCGUCCGCGGCUCGUCCAUCCUCGACGGCGACACCAUCCAACGCUCGUCGUCGCGCGCCUCGCAGCAUUCCCUCGGCGGAGGCGUUUCCCGCAGCGGCACCCUCAAGAAGAAGAACUCCGUGAGCCGGAAGGGGAGCCUCAAGCGCAGCGGGAGCCGUCGCAGCAUACGCGCCGGCAGUAUCAAGGGCAUGCCCAUGGGAGAUGAGACCACCGACCCGGACAGCUUCAACAAUGUCUUCAACACUCCCGUCCCGACCUCUGGCACGCCGACCGACAUCCUGGUCAAUCGUUUUCAAGCAUGGCGCAAGCUGCUGAAAGAUCUCAUCACCUAUUUCCGCGAAGUCCAGGCAUCAUACGAGGCCCGCUCCAAGGCCCUGAUGAAGGUCUCCAACGUCGUCAACAACACCAAUGCGCCCUCGCUUUUCCUUGCCGAUGGCGGCAUCAAUGACGCGAACCGGAUCCUCCGCGACUACCACAAGCAGUCGGUUGUCGAGUCGAAUAAAGCUCGUGACAUUGAGAGUGACGUUAUCGCACAACUGAGUGGACUGAGGGCCGAUCUAGGGAGCAAGAUCAAGGAGAUCAAAUCACUGUCGGGUGAUUUCAAGAAUUCGGUCGAGAAGGAGAAGGAGACUACUCGCAAGGCAGUGGCGCAUCUCGAGGACGCCCUUGCGGCCGUUGACGUCGAUCCUUCAGCAGUGGUUGGCAAGGGCGAUCCGUUUGUGGUAAGAUUGGCGGUUGAUCGCCAAAUUGAAAGGCAGAUCGACGAGGAAAAUUAUCUCCACAGGGCUUACCUCAAUCUCGAGGGUUCUGGACGGGAGCUUGAGUCCAUCGUGGUGGGCGAGAUUCAGAAGGCCUACAACGCACUGGCUGGGAUUCUGAAGCGCGAUGCCGACGAGGCCUACGAUACCGUCGAGAGACUUCGCGCAGGCCCGAUUUCGAUGCCCAAGGAUCGUGAAUGGACUCAGUUCGUUGAGCACGACCCGCACUUUGUCAACCCACGGACACCUCUGCGACGCAUCGAGGAUAUUGAGUAUCCCGGUAAACAUCACCCGGCAGCAGCCGAGAUUAGAGCUGGCAUGUUGGAGCGCAAGAGCAAGUAUCUGAAGAGCUAUACCCCUGGAUGGUAUGUUCUGUCGCCGACCCACUUGCACGAGUUCAAGUCAGCGGACCGUAUCUACACGCAGCCUCCAGUCAUGUCUUUGUAUCUUCCCGAUCAGAAGCUCGGCACGCACUCUCAAUCCGGUUCCUCUUCGCACAAGUUCAUUCUUAAAGGUCGCCAAGCUGGUUCUAUGCACCGCGGUCAUACCUGGGUCUUCCGCGCCGAGUCCUACGACACUAUGAUGGCAUGGUACGAGGAUAUCAAGAAUUUGACAGAAAAGAGCGGCGAGGAACGCAACGCAUUUGUGAGGAACCAUUCCCGGAGCAUCAGCGCAGGCAGUGCGCGGUCGGUUAGCAGCGAUGGCCUGGACGACAACGAAGCGGACGAAGUUCCAUACUCGGCGCAGAACUCGGACGUAGCCAUCAGACAGCAACCGGCGGCUCCGCGACCGCAACCAGGUGGGCGAUUUCCUUCGGACCUUACGGUCAACCGUGACUUACAAGCUCCACUUUCGCCAUCUAGUGGAAGCUCUGAAGCCGAUCAUCAUGACCUGACGACCGCCGCCGGAGGACUGCAACACGAGCAGCCUGACACUUCCGCGUAUUACGGCUCGCACCAACAGUACCAGCCUCAGGAGCAUUACUUUGCCCCUGUGGCCGGUCAGGGCCAAGCGAGCUACCAAAACCAAUACCCGCCAGCGCAGGCUCAGGCCCCGUACGAGGCGCAACACAUCCAUCAGCCUCAGCCCCAGCAGGUAUACCCCGCCCAAGCAUCCCUCAACCCAGCGAACGAGCCUGACCUGAAAAGGCACAACAGUACAACUACAUAUAGUAACUGGCUGGCGCCCGCUGCCGGCGGCGUUGCAGCUGGUACUCUGGGAGCAGAGGCAUAUGCGAAGCAUCAGGAUCUAAAUGGCGCCCCUACGGACACCCAGGAAGAACCCUCGAGUCCCUUGGAACCUGCGCCUGGCACGACUGCUGCAGCGGCGGUAUCUUUCCCAAGCAGCACGAGAACCUCUUCUUACGCCGAUACCCUUGAUUCCGAAGCGCCUGCAAUGGCGACGGCCGGCCACCCCGCCCAGAUAUUCGCAAAGGCUGCCGCAGCCAACGGAGCCGCAAACGGCAACGCUAAAGCUACUCAAGAACGACCCGCCGGUGCCGCACGCAACCACACUGAUUUCAGUGUGAGCCAAUUGCACGUGCCCGGCGAAUACCCACGGACCCCGAUGUCGCAGUAG